CAGUGCUCACAGUCACAGGCCGUGAGCUCAUAGCUCCCCGACCAUGGCCGUCGGCUUCGUAGGCGGCGCCGAGGAGGCGCAGCGGUACGGUGGCGGCCGGAUCACCGCGUUCGUGGCGCUCUCGUGCGUCACCGCGGCCAUGGGCGGCGCCAUCUUCGGCUACGACAUCGGGACGGCGGGCGGCGUGUCGUCGAUGGACCCGUUCCUGCGGGAGUUCUUCCCGGACGUGUACCGCCGGAUGAAGGGCGGCGGCGCGCGCGUCAGCAACUACUGCAAGUUCGACAGCCAGCUGCUGACGCUCUUCACCUCCUCGCUCUACAUCUCCGGCCUGCUCACCGCGGUGCUCCUCGCGUCGUGGAUCACGGCGGGGCGCGGGCGCCGGCCGUCGAUGAUCCUCGGAGGGGUCGCGUACCUUGCCGGCGCGGCGGUCAGCGGCGGUGCCGUGAACGUGUUCAUGGCCAUCCUCGGCAGGGCGCUGCUUGGCGUUGGGCUGGGGUUCGCCAACCAGGCAGUGCCACUGUACCUGUCUGAAAUGGCCCCGGCACGUUACAGAGGAGCAUUCAGCAACGGCUUCCAGUUCAGCCUAUGUCUUGGAGCUCUCCUUGCAACGGUCGUCAACUUCGGCGCCGAGAAGAUCACGGGAGGCUGGGGCUGGAGGCUCUCUUUGGGCCUGGCCGGCGUCCCUGCCGUGUUGCUCACCGUCGGCGCCAUCUUCCUGCCGGAGACGCCGAACAGCCUCGUCCAACAAGGCAAAGACCGUGACAAGGUCAGGGCGUUGCUGCAAAAGAUCAGAGGAAUCGAAGCCGUCGACCAAGAGCUGGACGACAUCGUCGAAGCCAACGCCAUGGCGCAGGGCAAGAACGGCUUGCGGUUGAUCUUGUCGCAGCGGAGGUACCGCCCGCAGCUAGCCAUGGCCAUCUUGAUACCAUCGUUAACGCAGCUUACGGGGAUCAACGCCAUUGGUUUCUACGCGCCUGUGCUGCUGCGCAGCAUCGGCAUGGGCGAGAGCGCGUCGCUUCUCUCCACCAUCAUCUUGGUAGUCAUCUCCUCCGCCGCGACGUUCAUGUCCAUGUUUGCCGUCGACCGCUUCGGCAGGCGGACGCUCCUCCUCGUCGGCGGCGUGCAGAUGCUCGUCUCCGAGGUGCUCAUCAGCGCCAUCAUGGCCGCGAAGCUCGGCGACGAGGGCGGGCUCAGCAAGACGUACGCGCUCAUCCUCCUCGUGCUCAUCGGCGUCUACUCCACCGGCUUCGGCUGGUCCUGGGGCCCACUGAGCUGGCUGGUGCCCAGCGAGAUCUUCCCCUUGGAGGUCCGGUCGGCCGGGCAGAGCGUCACGGUGGCGUCAGGCUUCGUGUUCACCAUCUUGAUCGCUCAGUUCUUCCUCCCCGUGCUGUGCCAGAUGAAGGCAUGGUUGUUCUUCUUCUUCGCCGGGUGGAUCGCGGCGAUGACGGCUUUCGUGUACCUCUUCUUGCCGGAGACCAAGGGGAUACCCAUUGAACAGAUCGAGAAGGUGUGGGGCGAGCACUGGUUCUGGAAGAGGGUUAUAGGGGCGGAUGAGGCACAGGCAAGUGACAAGCUUUAAAAAAAAAAAGCUUUCAGCCGUGUGUUCUUUCAGACAAGAAUAUUCAACAUGCCAUCCUUUUGAAACUUUCAGCCAUUGGAUAUUAUACAUAUUUUAUAGUCACUACAAUUGUUCUUUUUAUGUUGUUUGGAUGAAAUUAUAUCAGCCUAUCUUGUGAGAUCA